UAACAAGCAUCAUAUUGUAUGUAUUAUAGACCUAGCGCUAGCACCUUUUAGCAAACCUCCAAGCUAUAAAAUGGAGGAGGAUCGCCUUGGAAGCUCAUUGGAUACAGUAAAUUUCCGCAACGUGAAAUGGUAUCGUUCCUAAAUACAUCAUGGGGAGAAGCGACAUUGACGAUGGAGAGUCACGGCGGUCCUCCUAUAAUCGACGAGGGGGAGUACACAUAGACAGUACGCCUAUUUCCUUCUCCCGUCCACAUUCGUCGAAAUCAGAGUUGUAUAGCCCAAACGGAACUACGUACUUCCAACACCCAUGUGGCUAUCACGGCAAUGAUUCAGAUGAUCACCAUGGAACGCCCGCUGAUGAUCGACCAAUAACGCGGUUGAAGUCGUCAUCGAGGUCAGGAGGUAAAGCCCUGGGAGGGAGCCGUCCAGUCACUCCCGCCCCGGCGGCCCCGACGGCCCCCAAGGACGAGACUACCACGGCUAUUAACGCGGAGUUGAAAGUAUCGCUCGCUACCAGGCAGUUGGCGUUUCAGAUUAAAGAGAGCAAGAGAUUCUGGAUUGCAUUUCAGGACGAGUUCGAAGCAGAAGUGAAGGCGGUUAAGUACUACGUUAACGAUGAUGUCCUUCAGCGAAUAUGGCAGAAGAGGACCGAACACAACAGCAAGUACAAGAAUGGCGAGAAUCAAGAUGACGAACAGUUCAUCAUUCAGAAGAUGAAGCUGGAGACAUGUAUGGAUCAGGUCAAGGAGGCCGCAAAGGCAUUCAUUCAAUCUCAUCCGUUGGGUGGCCCCUCUGAUCACGAUCCUCGGCACCUCGCCUUAGAGAAGAUUCAGGUAACUGGAGAUCGUGUUCUACUAUUGGCUGGGAAGUCCACGUUUAGUAAUAUUGCUUGUGCAGAUCUGGUCACGCAGGCGUCGGACUUGGAGAAGCUGGUAGAUGCGAGAAGUCCAGACGCCAAGGUCUUACAUCGGUAUGAUAAGAGAGAAACUAUGAAGAUCUCGUGCGAAGGCGAAGGCGAAGAUACCGAUCCAGUCACAGCCGAACCAACAUAUCAGGAACAGGGAAUACCCGAUCAAGAGACAUAUGGGGAUGGUAAUGAUGAUGAGGGUCAGAGUGCAACGUUAGGAUAGACCUAGACGAAUAGCUGAAAGGCUCCUCAAUCUCGAUUCUGCUGAGGCGAUUAUUUCACCAUUAUAAUAUGACGUAUCGUUAGCAGUAUCCUCAAACAGAGUAAUCGGAAUCGAAUUGUAGGCGUCCGUCUCCCGAAGGAAACAGACAAUCCCACGCUGCGUAUCGCACUCAAGUGUUCUCACACACAAUCUCCGCAACGGCUCUCCCAUAGGAACCACAACUCCCCCGUCUUCUCCUUGCGGAUAUACACGGGGCGAAGGGCCCUGCGUCUCUGAUGCCAGUCUUGCAGACGUGUAGUUUUCAAAAGAAAAACCCAUCACGCCAGACCCUCGCGGGCAGACCUGUCGAUCCCGCAGCUAGGCAGGCGACGAGGUGGUGAUGAAGAAUACUCCGAAUUUCUCAUGAGCGGGUGAAUAUCGGUCUGAAGAACAGAAGCCGAUGAGAAGCAGCUCGCGCGGCUUCUCUGUUUUGUAGCUCAGAAACGCAGCGUUGGUGAGGG